UGAACCCACUCAGGAAUUUUGGGUCCCCUAAAAUUUCCUUAAUCUAUUUCAUCAUUUUCUUGCACUUUCCUUCCACCUUUCCCAGCAAACAAACAGCAGCAAUGGACUUCUGUCACGACAAUAAUGGAACUCCUGAUCCAUUGAACUGGAACUUGGCUGCGGACUCAUUGAAGGGCAGCCACCUUGAUGAGGUCAAGCGCAUGGUGAAUGACUACAGGAAGCCUGUUGUGAGGCUAGGUGGUGAGACCCUGACCGUAGCCCAAGUUACGGCAAUUGCGAACCGUGACUCUGGUGUCAAGGUUGAGCUAUCUGAGGCUGCUCGAGCCGGGGUCAAGGCUAGUAGUGACUGGGUUCUUGAUUCCAUGAACAAAGGAACUGAUACUUAUGGCAUCACCACUGGCUUUGGCGCAACGUCCCAUAGAAGAACCAAGCAGGGAGGUGCCCUUCAGAGAGAGCUCAUCAGGUUCUUGAAUGCUGGGAUUUUUGGAAAUGGAGCAGAAUCUAGCCACACAUUGCCUCACUCUGGAACAAGAGCAGCAAUGCUGGUGAGAAUCAACACUCUAUUACAAGGUUAUUCAGGCAUAAGAUUUGAAAUUUUGGAAGCUAUUUCCAAGUUCAUCAACAACAACAUCACCCCAUGUUUGCCUCUCAGAGGCACAAUCACUGCCUCUGGUGACCUAAUCCCAUUGGCCUACAUUGCUGGGCUUUUGACUGGCCGGCCCAAUUCCAAGUCGGUCGGGCCCGACGGAGAAUCCCUGGAUGCUGCUGAAGCCUUUAAGCUAGCUGGGAUCAAUGGUGGAUUUUUUGAAUUGCAGCCCAAAGAGGGUCUGGCUCUAGUCAAUGGAACUGCAGUUGGUUCUGGGUUAGCUUCUUUGGUGCUUUUUGAGGCUAAUGUUUUAGCAAUCCUGUCAGAAGUUUUAUCAGCAAUUUUUGCAGAAGUUAUGCAAGGAAAGCCAGAGUUUACUGAUCAUUUAACACAUAAAUUGAAGCAUCACCCUGGACAAAUUGAAGCUGCAGCAAUCAUGGAACAUAUCUUAGAUGGCAGCUCUUAUAUUAAAGAAGCUCAAAAGAUUCAUGAAAUUGAUCCUCUGCAAAAGCCUAGACAAGAUCGUUAUGCUCUCAGAACAUCUCCUCAGUGGCUAGGCCCUCAGAUUGAAGUGAUCAGAACAGCAACCAAAAUGAUUGAAAGAGAAAUCAACUCUGUGAAUGAUAAUCCAUUGAUUGAUGUUUCAAGGAACAAGGCCUUACAUUGUGGAAAUUUCCAGGGAACCCCAAUUGGUGUUUCAAUGGAUAACACUCGUUUAGCUAUUGCUUCAAUUGGGAAACUCAUGUUUGCACAAUUCUCUGAGCUUGUUAAUGACUUUUACAAUAAUGGGUUGCCUUCAAAUCUUACCGGCGGCCGAAAUCCAAGCUUGGAUUAUGGGUUCAAAGGAGCUGAAAUUGCCAUGGCAUCUUACUGCUCAGAGCUUCAAUUCCUUGCAAAUCCUGUCACCAACCAUGUUCAAAGUGCAGAGCAGCACAACCAGGAUGUGAACUCAUUAGGUUUGAUUUCUGCAAGAAAAACAGCUGAAGCUGUCGACAUUUUGAAGCUCAUGUCUUCAACUUACUUAGUUGCUCUCUGCCAAGCCAUUGAUCUGAGGCACUUAGAGGAGAACUUGAAAAACACUGUGAAGAACACAGUGAGUCAAGUUGCCAAAAGAGUUCUCACAAUGGGUAUCAAUGGCGAGCUUCACCCAUCAAGAUUCUGUGAAAAGGAUCUUCUCAAAGUCAUCGACAGAGAAUACGUUUUUGCCUACAGUGAUGAUCCAUGCAGUGCAACGUACCCAUUAAUGCAAAAGCUAAGACAAGUACUUGUAGAUCACGCAUUGAUGAAUGGUGAUAAGGAGAAGAAUUCUAGCACCUCAAUUUUCCAGAAAAUUGCAGCAUUUGAAGAAGAACUCAAGGCGAUUUUGCCUAAAGAAGUUGAAAGUUGCAGGAUUGAAUGUGAGAAUGAAAAUCCAGCUAUUCCUAACAGGAUCAAAGAAUGCAGAUCAUACCCAUUGUACAAGUUUGUGAGAGAAGAACUGGGUACCAAUUUGCUCACAGGCGAGAAAGUCCGGUCGCCGGGAGAAGAGUUUGAUAAGGUUUUCUCGGCAAUGUGUGCAGGGAAGAUGAUUGAUCCUAUGCUUGAAUGCCUCAAGGAGUGGAAUGGUGCUCCUCUUCCCAUCUCCUAAGAACUAUUUUUUCUUUUUUUUUUUUUUUUUUAUUUUAAAAAAAAUAUAUAAAGGUUGCAUAUGCCAUGUUAAUCUGUAACUUCAAAACUGUAAUGUCAAAUUGUACUGUGUUUAUGAUGUUUAUUUUCUUUUAUACUUGAAAGAAUCUUGAUUUCUUUGUACUUUGAAUUUCAGCAAGUGUAUAACAAGAUAUGCAAUCAAGAUUUGAUUAAGUAUUGUUUUCAUAAA